ACGCCGCGGAGACCCCUGGGAGACCGGGAUUGUGAGGGAGUGCGCAGGCGCGCAAUGCUGGCCAGUGGCCGAAGGUGAGGCGAGUGGUUAGUACAGGCGUGAAGGGCCGGGUGUUAGUGGGGACUCGUUGGGGAGGUCGAAGAGGGAGGUAGGAGCCAGAGUGAAAAGCAAGAAAAGAAAAAAAGACACCCGGGCCGAGGAAGACGGAGAGGGAAGUGAGAGUCCAGGCCCCAGAAAAGACGUGGAGGGAAGCAAAAACCUAGGAUCCGGGAGCGCCAGUCUGGGAGCAUCGAGAGGGGAACCUGGAGUCCGAGGCUGGUGAACUGGCCCUUUUCUAAAGAGAAGCCCAGAGGAAAGACUGCUCAUCUCUUCCAAAUCUCAGAACCAUGGCUCAGAACCUUCAGUUCAACCUUCUGUUGAAUAGAAAUUGUGAGCACAGAUAUUCUUGUCUCUUGCCUGACAUAGACCACAAUCCCAAACCAUUGCAGGGAUCAGUAUCAUUCAAAGAUGUGACUGUGGACUUUAGUUGGGAGGAAUGGCAGCACCUAGAUUCUGCUCAGAAGACUCUGUACGUGGAUGUGAUGUUGGAAAACUAUUGCCACCUCAUCUCUGUGGGGUGUGAUAUGACCAAACCUGAUGUGAUCCUCAAAUUGGAACGAGGAGAAGAGCCAUGGAUAUCAUUUGCAAAUCGUGCCUGCUUAAAAGAAAACUGGAAAGCUGAAGACUUUUUAAUGAAAUUCAAGGAACACCAAGAUAAGUAUUCUAGAUCAGUUGUAUGCAUUAACCACAAAAAACUAAUAAAAGAGAAGAGUAAUGUAUAUGAAAAGACAUUUACCCUAGUCAAAAAGCCUGUUAAUUCAAAAAAUCUACCUCCUAAAUAUGACCCUUAUGGAAAGACUUUGGAAAAUGUUUCAGAAUUAGUAAUCAGUAAUCUAAGCCCUGCAAGAAAAAGACUUAAUGAGUAUAAUGAAUAUGAGAAAUCAUUCCUUAAUACUAAGCAAGAAACAGCUCAUCCUGAAAUUAAAUCCCAUAAUCAAAGUAGCAGGACUUUUAGUCAUAAUGAUGUGAUUAUGCAGUAUCAAAAGAUGGUAACUCCAACACAGUCAUUUGCAUUUAAUAACUGUGGAAAACCAUUCCUUAAAAAGGGAGGCUUAAUUUCACCUAAUAGAGCACACAGAGGGGAAAACCCACCUGUAUAUAAUAAAAAGAGAAGAGCAACCAAUACUGAAAAAAAACAUACCUGCACUGAAUGUGGGAAAUCUUUCUGCAGGAAGUCAGUAUUGAUUCUUCAUCAGGGAAUUCACACAGAGGAAAAACCCUAUCAAUGUCAUCAGUGUGGAAAUGCAUUUAGGAGGAAGUCAUAUCUCAUUGACCAUCAAAGAACUCACACAGGAGAGAAACCCUUUGUUUGUAAUGUAUGUGGUAAAUCCUUUCGCCUAAAGACAGCCCUCACUGAUCAUCAAAGAACACAUACAGGGGAGAAGUCCUAUGAGUGUCCACAGUGUAGGAAUGCCUUCAGAUUGAAGUCACACCUCAUUCGUCAUCAGAGAACACACACUGGAGAGAAACCAUAUGUGUGUAAUGAUUGUGGGAAGUCCUUCCGCCAGAAGACAACUCUUUCUUUACAUCAAAGAAUUCAUACAGGGGAAAAACCUUACAUUUGUAAAGAAUGUGGGAAGUCAUUUCAUCAGAAGGCAAACCUUACUGUACACCAGAGGACUCAUACAGGGGAGAAGCCUUAUAUUUGUAAUGAAUGUGGGAAAUCUUUUUCCCAGAAGACAACUCUUGCUCUUCAUGAGAAAACUCAUAAUGAGGAGAAACCCUAUAUUUGUAAUGAAUGUGGAAAAUCUUUCCGCCAGAAGACAACCCUUAUUGCACAUCAGAGAACGCACACAGGAGAGAAAUCUUAUGAAUGUCCUCACUGUGGAAAGGCCUUCAGGAUGAAGGCAUACCUCAUUGAUCAUCACAGAACUCAUACUGGAGAAAAACCAUAUGAAUGUAAUGAAUGUGGGAAAUCCUUCAGUCAGAAGACGAAUCUCAAUCUGCACCAGAGAAUUCAUACAGGGGAGAAACCCUACAUCUGUAAUGAAUGUGGGAAGUCCUUUCGCCAGAAGGCAACCCUCACUGUACAUCAGAAAAUACAUACAGGGCAGAAAUCUUAUGAAUGUCCUCAGUGUGGGAAAGCCUUUAGCAGGAAGUCAUAUCUGAUUCAUCAUCAAAGAACUCACACAGGUGAAAAACCAUAUAAAUGUAAUGAAUGUGGAAAGUGUUUCCGCCAGAAGACAAAUCUCAUUGUUCAUCAAAGAACUCACACAGGUGAAAAACCUUAUGUUUGUAAUGAAUGUGCUAAGUCCUUCAGUUAUAAGAGAAAUCUGAUUGUCCAUCAGAGAAUUCAUAAGGUAGAAAAUUUGGAAGUGAAUGGGUCAAACUUUGCGGUCAAAGUCAGGGUCACUCUCGCUCAACCCUCCUCCGAGGCCCCCACCUCCGCCCCAUACAUCAAGAAUCCUCCCCUUCAACCUCCCCGACCCGACCGACCCAAAACACCCAGAUCCCACCUCCUACUUUCGCGCCACGUGGACCUAGAGGCCGUACAGGCCCGCGGACAAAGACCAAAAUGUCCACUCCGUGCGCUGCGCCUGCGCACUAUGAAGGAACGCGCCAUCUUGUCCGUGGCUGUUGUGGCUCUGGACUACGUUUCCCAGACUUCACAGCGGCCCAAUGUUACAGAUCUCCUGAAGUCGUGGCAGAUCGGUUGCUCUACAAGGACCCUGACGCGACCAGUGGAGGCCGAAGAUCCUUACACUUGUCCAAGAGAAGAAUUCAGAAAAAGCAGAGGUCAAAUAAUUCCAAAAGCCAUGGCCAAUGGAUUGGUGACAUUCAGGGAUGUGGCCAUAGAGUUCUCUCAGGAAGAAUGGAACUGUCUGGAACCUUCCCAGAGGGACUUAUACAGAGAUGUGACUUUGGAGAACUUCAGUCACUUGGUCGCACUAGGACUUUCCAUGUCAAAGCCUGAAGUCAUCUCCUUAUUGGAGCAAGGAAAAGAGCCAUGGGUGGUUACAGAGGACUUGACGGAACCAUGGUAUCAAGGCUUAGAGACCAGAUAUGAGACAUUUCCACAAAAAGAUAUUUUUGAAAUAAAGUCUUUCCAUUGGGAGGUAAUGGAAAGCCUUAAAAACUGUGAUCUUGAUGACUCCAGUUUUAGAGGUGACUGGGAAUUCAAAGGCCAAUUUGAAAGACAACAAGUAAAUCAGGAAUGUUAUUUUAAACAAGCGGAAAUCAUUUAUGAAAACGCACCCCGUUUCCAGGAUCAUAAAUCCCUCACUCCCCAUCAGCCCAGCAGGGCCAGCGAGAAACUGAUGGAAUGUAGUGAAUGUGGGAAAGCAUUUAGCCGCGGCUCUCACCUUAGUCAGCACCGGAAAACUCACACUGGUGAGAAGCCCUUUGAGUGUAAGGAAUGUGGGAAGGCCUUCAGCCGUGCCUCACACCUUGUUCAACAUCAGCGAAUUCAUACAGGUGUGAAACCUUACGGCUGUAAGGAAUGUGGGAAGGCCUUCGGUCGUACCUCAGAACUUAUUCUGCACCAGAGGCUUCAUACUGGUGUCAAACCCUAUGAAUGUAAAGAGUGUGGAAAGACCUUCAGGCAGCAUUCACAGCUUAUCCUGCAUCAGAGAACUCAUACAGGUGAGAAGCCCUACGUGUGUAAAGACUGUGGGAAGGCUUUCAUCCGUGGCUCGCAACUUACUGUUCAUCGCAGAAUUCACACAGGUGCCAGGCCGUACCAGUGUAAAGACUGCGGGAAGGCCUUUAGACAGCACUCGCAGCUGACCGUCCAUCAGCGAAUCCACACUGGGGAGAAGCCCUAUGAGUGUAAGGACUGUGGAAAGGGCUUCAUUCACAGCUCAGAAGUGACUCGGCAUCAGAGAAUCCAUUCCGGGGAGAAGCCCUAUGAAUGUAAGGAGUGCGGGAAGGCCUUUAGACAGCACGCACAGCUUACUCGACACCAGAGAGUUCAUACUGGUGACAGACCCUAUGAAUGCAAGGACUGCGGGAAGGCCUUUAGCCGCAGUUCAUACCUCAUUCAGCAUCAGAGGAUUCACACGGGAGACAAGCCUUACGAGUGCAAGGAAUGUGGGAAAGCUUUUAUUCGCGUUUCACAGCUGACCCACCAUCAGCGGAUUCACACCUGUGAGAAGCCUUACGCAUGUAGGGAAUGUGGGAUGGCCUUCAUCCGCAGUUCACAGCUUACUGAACAUCAGAGAAUCCAUCCUGGGAUCAAGCCUUAUGAAUGCAGGGAGUGUGGGCAGGCUUUUGUCCUUGGCUCUCAGCUCAUUGAGCACUACAGAAUCCAUACCAGUUAG